UGUUAAAGUUCAUUUGUGUGUAAAGUAACAGCCAGCAGCUAUAAUAUAGCCAGCUAGGCACAGGACAUUACAGGGUUAAUUUGAGUACUCCAGCCACCUGACAGUCUAGUCCAAUCAGAACCCAGCCUCACUCUGAGAUCUUCUAGAAUCUAGCCAGACAUGCCAGCAGCCAUCUUAGAGACAGAAUCUUCAGAGAGCAUGCCAGAGUAGAGAAACUGCCCUUAAGAUCCUAUGAGGCGAAAAUAGUUCUACCACAUUCUACACAUUCUACGCAUUCUACGUGUACUUACUGCACUUAUAUUGCACCAAUAUUGCUAAAACUCAUCAUCUUUGUUCCUGAUUCCCUAUCCUGAUGAUGUUACCAAUAAAGAAAGUUAUUUUUGUACCAGUGGUAUGUUCUUAAAGUCUUUCAAGGAUCCGAGGACAGUUACAGUAGAACUAUUACCCUCUGAGGAGGCGAGAAGACGCACCUCAUCAGAGCUAGAGCAGAAGCCAUAUCAAGUGUGCCUCAGAGUGUAAUUGCAAGCACUUAAAGAGACGGUGCGCAAAAAAAUAAAAAAUAAAGAACAGCCCUGUAAAGCUAACCUGCCUUUUCUGUGGCAAUAGAGCUGAGAAAAUACCACAGAAGAAGCACAAAUAGAGCCCAGUAUUGCACCCAAGUAGAUGUAUGCCUUUCCUGCGGCCUUCAGAGUUAGAGUAUUGCCACAGUGAGAGUGCACAUAUCGACAAGCGUGUUACCGCCCAGAGUGAAACAACCACGUGCUGCAAUUCACCCAGAGACAUCAAGCAGAGCAACAAUCCUGACAGCUGCAUCUCUGCAAGUAAAGACACAGACCGUCAGCAUCCUGUAAGCAACUGCAAGCAAGCCAAAGUCCCUCACCUUGCAUCUACUUCUGCAAAGACUGAUCCUGAGUGAUUCCUAACUUCUAUAGAGAGACACUUAUUUUGAAUCAGGAAGCCAAGUCACUGUAUCCUGCUCUUCACAUUAAGGUCAGAGUUUCCUGUUUAUUCCUUAUUGAUGGUUAUGUGCUGACCUUGGCACAUUAAGAGACACUGAAUAAAAGGUAAUAAGAACUUUGAGAGAAUCCAGAGAUAUUUGCAUUAUAAGGACUUUAUGUGAAUUUGAAUAAAGUUAUUUAUUCCUUUGUGUUUAACUGAUAUUUAACUCUUUCAAGUCAAAAUGUCUGUUUAUAGUGAUUCAAUGCCAUUGUUAGAGGGUGAAGCGUUAAAUAGUGAGAGAUAUUCCCUACAACAGAAGGUAUUAGAGUUGAGGGAAACCUUAAAGUCAGAGAAAGAUCCUGAAGAGAUAGAAAGGAUAAAUUGUGACAUAAAAAAGUACCUGUCUAAGAUAGAGAAUUUAGAAGCUGAUCUUAGGGAGUCUAAAGCAGUCUCAGAACAGAGAAGUCAGUUGAGACAGUCAUCUCAUGAGAGAAGGAAAUUCAACCAAAUGUACAUAAAAUGGAAAACGCAUACCAAUGAGGUUCGCAUGAAGCUAAAACAAGAGUGUGCAGAGGAUGAAUUAUCCAACAUGAUGGAUGCUGUAGAGAAGCAUGAGUUAGAUAUGAAGACAAUAUAUGAUGAGCUAAGGUCAUACACAGCACCCUCCCAGGACAUUAAGAGGAAGAUCGACACAUGCACUGCAAUAACAGCAGAUUUAUUAGGGCUUAUGAGAAUACGAUCAAUUGAAACCGACUUUGAUGUAGAGACAGAGAGGACAAGGCUACUAGAGCUUUAUAAAAGGGAUUAUGCAAAGUCUGUAUAUGGAUCUACAGUUUCAAGAGUAGCAUCUUCUAGCAAACAUUCUAGCCACUCAUCUAAGUGCACAAGUACCUCAGCCAAAAGAGUAGAAGCAUCUGCACAACUUGCCGCUAAAAGAGCUGAGAUUGAGAUGGAAGCUGUUAUCGAAGCACAACGUCAACAAUUAAAAAAGUUAAAAAACCAAAGAGACAUCGAGGUCAUGGAAGCUAAACUUAGAGUAUAUACUGAAGAGGAAAUAAAAGAAAAUGGUGAUAGAUCCAGAGCAGUACUUCCCGAGAGAACAGGUCCCUGUCCUUCUAUCCUCACUGAGGAAAACAAAGGGAAAUCUAAGUCAGUGUGUAGUGAGAGAACAGAUCCCUGUCCUUCUAUCCCCACUAGUCAUCAUAGUGACCAAGGAAAUGUUGCAGCUAUUGCCCAAGCAAUACAUGAGACAAUGGUUCUUACAAGACUUCCAACUCCUGAACCAACUGUAUUCUCAGGAGACCCAUUGAAGUUCAUAGAGUGGAGUACAAGCUUUGAAGCACUUAUUGCACGUCGCUGCUCCAAUCCAGCAGACAAGUUGUUCUACCUACAGAAUUAUGUUAGUGGAGAAGCAAAGAGGGCUCUUGAAGGUAGCUUCUACAGGAAGGAUGAAGAAGCCUACAAACAAGCAUGGGAGAAGCUAAAUGCACGGUAUGGCCAUCCCUUUGUAGUACAACGAGCCUUUAGGGAAAGACUUAACAGUUGGCCAAAGAUAAGCUCUAAAGAGUAUGUUAGACUUAGAGAGUAUGGUGACUUCCUGCAAGCAUGUAGCAACGCCAUUCCUCACAUAAAGGGUUUGCAAGUACUGAAUGACUGUGAAGAAAACCAGAAAAUGUUACUUAAGCUGCCUGAUUGGGUGACCUCAAGAUGGAAUCGUCAUGUAACUAAACAGUUAGACCAAGGCAAGGACUAUCCCAGUUUUGAAGAGUUCUCUUCAUUUGUCAAUUUAGAAGCACGUAUAGCAUGCAAUCCAGUGUCAUCCCUUCACAUUCUGAAACCUUUGGAAGGAAAGCCAACGAGAGAGAUAAAACGUGCAAAGGCAACUUCAUUUGCAGUCGAUACAAUGACUAAAGACCAUGAUACCAAUGAGAGUAAGCCUAAGGUCAUUGAUGUACCGAAUAGAGAGAAAGUACAGACAGAGAGUCACACACCUCUUCAAUGCAUGUUCUGUGGAGAGAAUCACUACAUCUACAAAUGUCAACAAAUGAAGGAAAGGUCUGUAGAGGAGAAGAAAAGAUUCAUACUGGAUAACCAACUCUGUUUUGGUUGCCUAAGAAAGGGACACAGUGCCAAGGACUGUAAAAGAAGAGCCACCUGUGGCAUUUGUAAAGGACGUCACCCAACCCCAUUACAUGAAGAUCGCCCAAAAAGGGAUAAAGCUUCAACACUCAGUACUCUCAUUGAGGGAGAAAUCAUAUCCACACCAUCUUGCUGUAUGGUUAAAAGUGAGAGUAAGAAUACGUCAAUGAUCAUCCCAGUGUGUAUCUCAUCUCCAGGAACAGAAAGCAAGGAGGUACUUGCUUAUGCAUUACUAGACACACAAAGCAGUAACACAUUUAUCGAUCAAGAAGUCUGUGAGAAAUUGCAAGUGGCAAUGGAGCCAGUGAAGCUUAAGCUCUCAACGAUUAUGGGAAAAGACUCAUUGGAAGAUAGUCAAAGAGUCACAGGACUAAAAGUCAAGGGACUUUGCUCAGAUGUCACCAUAGAUCUACCUCCGGUCUAUACAAGAGACUUCAUACCCCUUGAUCGUGAACACAUACCUACCUGUGAAACAGCCCAAGAGUGGAAGCACCUAUCAGUCAUCUCUCAUAAAAUACCCCCUCUGAAGGAGUACCGUGUGGGGCUUCUGAUAGGUUAUGACUGUUCUAAAGCACUGAUGCCACGACAAAUAAUAACAGGAGGUGAUGAUGAACCAUAUGCCAUCAAAACUGAUUUAGGAUGGAGCAUUGUUGGAGGACCACAACAGGCUGCAAGCUCAAGACAAGUAACCGGGUUAUGUAAUCGCAUAUCUGUCAAGAUGUCACUAACCCCAAGUCCUGCUACAGUGAUCAAGAUUCUUGAGUCCGACUUUGCAGACACCAGCUCAAAAGAAAAGAGCAUAUCUCAAGAAGAUAUAACAUUCCUACACAUCUUGGAAGGAGGCAUUCAGCUAAACCAACAAGGCCAUCUAGAGAUGCCCUUACCUUUCAAAAAACGCCCUGACCUUCCAUACAAUAAGAAUCUUGCCUUAGUACGACUAAGACGUUUAGAGAGGAAGCUGGGAAGAGAGCCAAAGUUCAAAAGUGACUAUUUCAAGUUUAUGGAAGGCAUCAUACAAGACGGAGAUGCAGAAAGAGCUGACCAUCAACCAGACCUGGGGAAGGUUUGGUACAUUCCACAUCAAGGUGUCUAUCACUCGAAGAAACCAGACAAGAUAAGAGUGGUGUUUGAUUGCUCAGCAAGGUAUGAUGGUGUUGCAUUGAACGAUUAUCUGUUAACGGGACCAGACCUCACGAAUAUGCUAUCUGGAGUUCUCGGUAGAUUUCGGAAAUACCCCAUUGCUGUCAUGUGUGACAUUGAAAAGAUGUUCCACAGGUUUCAUGUGAAAGAGGAAGAUAGAGAUUUCCUGAGGCCAAGGUGGGAGAGUUGGAUUAAGGAUUUACAAGAUCUGCAAGGAGUCAGAAUACUAAGGUGCUUUGCACCCUACAACUUUGGAAAGUAUGAGAGAAUCGAACUGCAUCACUUCUCAGACGCUAGUAGUUACGGUUAUGGCCAAUGUUCCUACAUCAGGGUGAUAAGAGAUGAAAAGGUACAUUGCUCCCUUGUCAUGGCCAAGACCAGAGUUGCACCUACCAAUGUUCUCACAAUACCAAGACUGGAACUAGCAGCUGCUGUAGUUUCUGCUUCAGUGAGCAAGUUCCUGAGAGACGAAUUAGAGUUCAAGGUAGAUGAAGAGUACUUUUGGACAGACUCACAGGUGGUUCUAGGCUACAUAAAUAAUGAAGCUCGAAGAUUCCAUGUCUUUGUGGCAAACAGAGUUCAAAGAAUUAGAGAAAUCACUGAUCCAGACCGGUGGUACUACAUUGAGUCAGAAAGGAAUCCAGCUGAUCAUGCUUCAAGAGGUCUUAAAGUUUCAGAAAUGAAGGACUCAAAUUGGUUUACAGGCCCAAAGUUCCUAUGGGAAAGGGAAAUAGUAUCCAACAAAGAUUGCCUAGAGCUAUCAAUGUGCGAUCCUGAAGUGAAGGUCAUUCAAGUCUUAACUCUCAGACAAAAAUGGCAUACUCCUAGGAGAAAUGUUCAAAUAAACGACAUAGUGAUCGUCAAAGAAGAGGACAUACCCAGAAAUCGAUGGAGAAUCGCUAAAGUUCUUGAAGUCCAGAAAGACAAUGAUGGAUUGGUGAGAAGAGUGAAAUUACAGAUGGGAGAUUCCAAAUUAAGUAAGAAAGGAGAACGUCUCACCACUCCACUCAUUCUAGAACGUCCUAUCCAAAAAUUGGUUGUUCUUAUUGAGAAUAAUAAAGAACAUUCUCCAAUGCAUAACAAGAAGGAAGAAGUAAAAUCCCCUUAAUUUAUGCAACCCAACUCAUUAAUGAAUGCAUAAAUUAAAGGUAAUUUGGUGGGAGUGUAGCUGCCCGCCCAAGCCAAUCUAACAUUUGAACUGCAUAAUUCAUUGUGACUGUUAAUAAGAGAAGUUUAUAGCAACUUAGCGCUAGUUUUCUGUACAGAACAAUAUAUAACUCUAUACGCUCUGUUGUAUGGCAAGCAGAAAAGUUAUUCCUGCUGUUAAAGUUCAUUUGUGUGUAAAGUAACAGCCAGCAGCUAUAAUAUAGCCAGCUAGGCACAGGACAUUACAGGGUUAAUUUGAGUACUCCAGCCACCUGACAGUCUAGUCCAAUCAGAACCCAGCCUCACUCUGAGAUCUUCUAGAAUCUAGCCAGACAUGCCAGCAGCCAUCUUAGAGACAGAAUCUUCAGAGAGCAUGCCAGAGUAGAGAAACUGCCCUUAAGAUCCUAUGAGGCGAAAAUAGGUGAACUAUCUUUGUUUAUGUGUACUGAUUAAUGCUGCUAAUGACAAUGUUAGUGAUUAUAUGUUAGAAUAUAUACUGAAUGCUCUUUUUGUAUGUUUGCCCCUAGUUCUACCACAUUCUACACAUUCUACGCAUUCUACGUGUACUUACUGCACUUAUAUUGCACCAAUAUUGCUAAAACUCAUCAUCUUUGUUCCUGAUUCCCUAUCCUGAUGAUGUUACCAAUAAAGAAAGUUAUUUUUGUA